UUCAAGAUGGCGAAAGCCAGCUUGCAGUCGUAGAGUUCAAUGAAUUUUUUAAUUUUUUACAAUUUUAAUUUUAUUUUAGAUAAACAAAAUCUGUCAAAUUUUAAUGUCGUGAUAUUAAGUUAGUGUCCAAGCAUUUGAAGUGUUAAUUAACAAAAUAGCCUACUCUAAUUAGAAAAUCGACCCAAAAAGAAUAAAACUAAAAAAUAUUUACCUGUCAAAAUUUAAGAAUUUGAAAAUACCUCUAUUCCUAGAAUUGCUCAGACACACAGGUAAAUUUUGUAGAAACUAAUAGUAUUACAUAUCAGAAGAAGCAGACUUCUUCGUCAAACAAAAAUAAUGGAAGCUAUGCAAUAUGAAAUGGCACGCAAUAUGACUUUAUUAUUCUUUUUUGAACGAUUGUUGGACAAAGGAGAGCCUAGGACCCUUCACGAUUUAAGUUGCCAAUUCGGCUCCAAGGGUUUUACAAAAGAGAUGAGACAAAUUGCUGGUGGUAGUCAAAGUGGGCUCAAGAAAUUUUUGACACAGUACCCUUCCUUAUUUUGUAUGGAUGGUGAUUAUGUUACUGUUAACACUUUCCAAACUUGUAGCAGCAGAGAUAGCUCAGGGAAAGACUAUACGACACAGGCCGUUGAAUAUUUCUCAGAAAAACUCGCACAAUACGGCGAGGGAACCGAAGUGCCUAUUCGAAGCCUUUUGGGACACAGGUCUCAAGCAAGUCCCGAAGUUCGCCACGUAUCCGGACAACAUUUUCACGAAUUCAGGGAAUUCCUUACGAAACAUCCGGAAACUUUUAUGGUGGACGACGAAAAAGAGAGUGUAAUUUUAGCUAAUUUCGAAUCUGUAAAAAGCCAUUGUCCUCCCGAAUUACAUUUCCAACCUGAUGUUAAGAUCGAUCCUCAAGAGACUCAGGCGUUGUUAGACUUUCUGGCACAAUGUAUUGAGGUAAAGGGUCCGAUAUUAGUAGAACAACUCUUCCAAAUAGUCAGUUGCAAUCUUCCAGAAAGCAUGUGGACGAACCUCUUCAACACCCCUACUCAGCUAACAAGUUUUCUGAGAUUGUUUUCUGACAGCUUCCAUAUUCAGUCCAACCUCGUGACGUUGAUUCAGCCACCAAAAAUUAGCCAAAAGCAUAUGUCUGCGCAAGUGACUCUGAUGAAAGAGUACAAGAAGAGUAACGAAGAGUUGAAAAAUGCCAAAAAUUUGUCUAUUGACGUUGGGAACAAUAUUAUGGAAAAAGUGGAGAAGACGGAGAAAGUGGACAGAAGAGAAAAAUCGUCUCCGUCUCCUCCAGUCGAGAAACCCGCUCAGUUGUCUCCAAGGUCUCUUAGUGAUAGAUUAAAACAGCCGAAAAUACAAGCAAAGUCGAUGAGUCCCGAGCCUCCGGUUUCUCCUGUGCAACCUGUACAGCCUGUGCAACCUGUACAGCCUGUACAACCUACAGUUUCACAAACGGAUGAUAGAAGUAGAGUUAAUUUUAGAUUAGGUACUCCAGUAAGGCAAAAUUCUCAAAGUUCCCAAAACUCACAAGACAGUCAGGAUGAAAGAAUUAUAUCGCAACAGGCCAACCCUAUUCAGAAGCCACCAGUGAAACCAAAUUCCACGUAUAACCAAAGCUUAAAACAACGUAUCAAUAAUCUAGUACUGAAGACUCUACAAGAGAACACUGGUAGAGAACAACGACAAGGCAUGAUGAACCAACAUAUCACGCACACCGAUAGCUGGAAAACUAAACUCUUUCAGAAUACUAGAGUAAUUUGCACGCCCCGUGAAUGUCAGUUAGUUAUCGAUGAUAUAAUCAGUAAAGCAGAACGAACAAGACCCAACCCUUCCUGGCCGUUCACACCGGAAAACGUGGUCGUAGCUUUCGAUUGCGAAGGAAUAAAUUUAGGAGUAAAGGGCCAACUCACCUUAAUGCAAAUAGCGACUAUGAGCGGAUUUUGUUAUGUAUUUGAUUUGAUUUCUUGUCCCGAGAUGAUAGAAUACGGACUUAGGCGUUUGUUAGAAUCUGCCACUGUUAUUAAGGUCGUUCAUGACUGCAGAAACGAUUCAGUGAAUCUCUUCAAUCAGUACAACAUAACGAUGCGUAUGGUUUUCGAUACACAAGCUGCGCAUGCCAUUUUGACAUAUCAAGACACCAAAAGACCUGUUUAUAAAGCCAAAAGUAUAGCAUUAAAUGCUCUGUGCGAGUGUUAUGGAGCUCCAAUAAAUCCAAUGAAAGAUCAACUAAAAAGUAUAUAUAGGAGAGAUCAAAAAUAUUGGUCGAGGCGACCACUGAGCAGAGAAAUGGUCAUGUACGCUUCUGCAGAUGUACUAAGCUUAACGAACGACAAAAUUUAUUAUCACAUGAGCAAAACUAUAAAGGGGGAGAAUCGGGGACUGAUGUUAGAACUCUGCGAAGAACAGAUUCAAAUGCAUAUCUACCCAGAUGGAGUAAAAAUUAAGAAACGGCAAAGGAAAACAGAGACUGAGGUGGCCGAACUGAGACUAAAAUUGGCCCAAGCUACAAAAAGUGUCGUUUUGAGUAACAGGGAAGUUCGUUUGUUGAGAUACAUCGAACUCACAGAUGAUGAAAAGGAAAAACUUAAAUCUUCCGCUAAAGUGGCCAAAAAAUUAGAAAAACUGGAAAGUCUAGGUCAAGAUCGCGACGGAGACAGUUCAGACGAAGACGGCGACAAUGACCAAGACUAUCCAAGCUUGGAUAGCGAUUUGACUUCCCCUCGCAAUUCGGAGCCCACUAGCCUAACGGAGUCGAUGCAAAUGGUCGAUUCGAUCCUGAGCGACGGCAAACUCGAUCGAUUCGAUAAAAUCGAGAAACUCGUUACAACCCUCAGCAACGCUGCCAUAUUGCAGAAUGACACCGAGUCGGAAAAAUGCACUUGUAGUUGUCAUUGCAAACUAAAUAACGGGUAUAAACACGAACGGGUCGUUUCUCCUACUAACUCGUACGUUAGUAGCGUUGUAGAUAACGAACCCGGUAUAGUUAAGGAGAAUCAUUCUAAUGUAGGCACUCAAACACUUAGCACGGGUGAUAUAGUCGUCACGAAGAUAUUUUUUAACGAAGCUACGGAAUAAAGUAGACAGUGAGAUUAGGUUUCUUUGAAUUAUAUGGAAUGUUUUGUCGUAGGUAAAUUACUAAACAAUAGGUGGCGCUGGUGUUGGCAACCAAAAUGCUCGAACAAGUAGUAAAGUUACUUGAUAAAUAAAUAAAAGCUAGGUUUAGUUGAUAUUUGAACGUAUUGACAAACGUCUCUACAAUAAGAUGCGAAUGGCAUUGAUUUUUAGCCCAAAGCAAAAAUGGGACAGCUUUUAUAAUAAUUUAUAUUAAUAAUCACCAUUACUAACAAGGAAAUCAGUUACCUACUUUUAGAAACUUUGAUUUUUAUUAUUCGGAAUGCCAGGUUAGAUUUAAUGCCCGUUAAGUUAUAAUAUAUUCUUCUCCUCUAGUGGUUUCUGUGUUGUAAUCAGUGAUUUUUCUAUUUUGCGAGAUUACACUAAUCGAGAAGAAUAGAAGUAAUGUAUUACGGAGAAGCAAAUAGCAAAUGUAAAAUGGAGAAAAGUAAGUAUUCAUUCAGUAUUUCUUGAUAUUCCAAUUAAUUUAAAUGCCGAUUUUGGUUUUUAAUUAAAAAAUGUAAAUACAUGUGGCACCGAUUGGCGCCAGAUGCACCUUAGAUGUAUCUUGGCAGUUCCGAGAGAUGUCACAAGCAGCAAAAUAAUGAAUAGAACAAUGUUCAACUUCAACAGUGUUGAAGUAGUUCAUUCGAACAAGACAUUAUUUUUUAAACAUGUCUUGAAUUUCUGAUAAAAUCUAGAAAACGUUAUUUACUUUUAUUAUGCAGUGAAACCUGCGUAACUCUCCUUUCUAGCACACAAUCUUGUGUAUUGACUGAAACUUUAGCGAUUACCUUUAUAUUUUAACGUAAAAAUCCUAACCUGGGUAAUUCGGAAUCUCAUCUUUGCCGGAAAAUUUCCGUUUUACUUAUUUUCAAUGUAUGUGUAAGUACACAUAUUUGUUUCAUUAUUAUAGUAUUAUUAAUAAAUCAAAAUAUGUUAAAAUUGUUGCAUUUAUACUGAUACAUAUUUAGUAUUAGUAGGUUUAUCACUGAUAAAUCUCUUUCAUUGAGAAAAGCGUUCUGUGCGUUCUUUUAUAUGUGUAUUCAUUGUCCUGUAUGUACAUGUGUACUUCCGGAUAGGCAUACUACUCAUAUUUUGCUUGCUAAUACCACACACCCAACGAUACAAGGUAAAGAGUAGUAUCGAGAUUUAUUCACAAAAAUUGAUGCUCAAUAACAAAAGUCUAUUUGUUUUAGAAACGUUUUUACCGGUCUUGAUAUAGACUGUGGCCUUGUAUGUAAUGCCUUUUAGAGAAAUGUAUAUACAAAGAUUAUGCAUUGGUUUGUAUAUUUUAACUGACGACAAAAUGAAGUAGACUAAUAUAUCACGAGGCAAAGGAGUAUAAGUGACUCCAAGGGCGAAUAAUUUAAAUAUAAAUCUUGUUAGUCAUUAGCAGAAUCAGAAACAGAACUAGUUUUGUUUAAAAAUUGCAUUUUCUGGUCAUAUUAAAGAUGUUGGCAAUCAAAAAACAGUUUUUUAGAAUCGACAGCUUGAUCCAACAAGAUUUUAAACAUUUUCCUUGCUGCUCAUGCUCAUUUGCUAGACAUUUUUUGGUUUUUGAUGACCUUUAUCACGUUUUUGAUUGCUCUUGAACCAUUUUUCUUCCUCAUGAAGUCAGGAAAUCCGUAUUCGCUAAAGGAAGAGCCCCGUGUGCCGUGAGAAAGCUAUUGAAAGCUUAAUGUGAAUUAGAGGCUAUGACUGAACAUUAAGAGCCUCUCUACUCCGACAAGAUAUGUCUUUGAGAAAAAAACAGGGCAAGUAUCUUCUUUUAACACAACAUGUGUGAUUUGUUGGAUCCUAGACGGAUAACCUGUUAUUUUCCCGCCAAGUUUUAUAACAUUUACUCAUCCUUCAUUUUGUCGUCAAUAGAGACAAAAUAUUUAAUUGUUGAAGUACUUCAGGCCGAUUUUUUUGAAUAAAAAUGCAGAUCUGCAAGGUACGUUGAUUUAAAAUUAUCCAGAGACGUUUUUUUUAUAAUUAGUUUCUAGUAAAAUUUUUUGAGCAAGUACAUUCCAUUUUUUAUUUGAAAGAAUUGGUUUUGAAACAUUAACAGUGCCUUUUUUGGAUAUUAAUUGUGAAGCCUUUUGAUUUUAUUUGUUGCUAAAUUCUCAAGCACUUUUAGAUUAAAGAAAAAAUGUUUAGGAUUGUAAUCGAUGUUUUAGGCGUCAAUUAAAUGGUAUAGAAGUAGGAUAACACAAAGGUCUUUAAUUUUUAAGUGAUGUAUAUAUUGUGUUACAAAAACCAUCAAACAUUAAACUGUUGUUUUGAGAAUACAAAUCUGUAGAAUUUUCUAGUCUAAAUAAGAGCUGUUUAUCAACAUUGCUUAUCAUUUUUUAGAUAAACAAUAUAUUUGUGUUAGAUUUUAAUUAAAGAGGGAAUAGUUAAUAUCGUUAAUAGUUUAUGAAAGAAACGUCAUCGAUUUGUUAAUAUCGUUUAUCCUGUAUAAGAUAAGUAUCGUCUCUUAUAAGUUAUGAUUAUAAACUGCAUGUGUGCUAACAUCAUUUGUUUGAUAAACAUUUUAAUAUUAUAGUUACCAAAGAGGGAAGACCAGGCAGCAACUCUGAAAGUCCUCUUCUAUGCUGGUUGACUCAACACUUGUGUGGGAACCCUUUCUCAGGGUGUGGUCAGAAUAGAUUGACACUUACUUGGGUUCUAGGGUACAAAGGCUACGUAGCCAAUGAAAAGGUUAAUAAAUUGGACAGAGAAGGCCCGGAAUUGGCACGGAGUCCAACUUUGGGGUUGCGAACAUACACAAAACAGCCGCCAUUGAUAAAUAGCUGUAAUGUGCAAGAAAAGUCUUUGAAAUGGUGGAGAAAUGCACCAGGACAAACAGGCUUGAGUUAAUUAAUUAAGGGAUAUUCAUCCAAAUUCACAGCUGACUUACUGAGCCACAAUCGAAAGACUAUCAAUGCGAUAGUGGGGCUAUUGACUGGGCACUUCAAAUACUAUCAAAAUUAGAAAGACGUCAUAUCUAGGACACAUAAUGCGCCAUAGGGAAUUUGAGCAGCUACAGGUAAUAUUAGAAGGCAAGAUUAAAGGUAAAAGGGACAUAGGACGAAAGAAAAAAUCUUGGCUACGAAACAUCUGAGAUUGGACCCACAUAAGAGGAAAUAAUUAAUUCAUUAAGCCCAGAACAGAGAGAAAUUUGCCAUAUUGAUCGCCAACCUCAACAGAGAAGGCACUUAGGAGGAUAAAGAUAAGUUAGGGAAUACUCAACAUAUCCCCAUUUAUAAAUUAUGAGAUAUAUUAUAAAACCACGUAUGUUCAAUGUUGUUUAUCAUAAAGAAUAAGCAAAAAACAUUUAUGUAGUCUAAACAUUUCGUUUUCUACGUGUUCUAGGCAUAGUUUAAUGUUGGGUGGUACAUUGGAAGUUUUGUCAAAUAUCUAAGAGCAAUAAAUUUAAAAAAAAAUUGUUUACCUCCAAAAGCAGCUGUGUUCGCCCUAAUAUUUAACAGGAAUUGACUACAACUAAUCUUUUAGUAAAGAGUACAGCUGGUUUUGGCGAUAACUACAAUUAUUCUUUACAGAUUUUUAUAUACAGGGAAACUUGAAACAUUUACUAAUAUUUAUUAGAAUUGAAUUUUUAUUUCUACACUGCUAAUUUAUUUUUGCACGAAUUAAUCUAUAUUUAUUCGUUUUUUUUGUGUUAGUGCCAGCUAAAUCUAUAUCGGAUAUCCUAUUAAUAAUUUGGUCGGUUCUAGUUCUCUUUAAGUAGUAUAUGCUUUCGAGGCCGGUGUUUUUUAAUGGUACAUUGCAUUCGGUGUGGGUAGGUCGUGCUCUGGAAUUGUUUCUUGCUGACUUUCCGUCUGCAACUACGGCAGCUUUAAUAAAAGUUUUGUGGCAUAUAUUGCUCACUUCAAGAAGAAGAAGAUAGUUAAAGAAAAUUGCAUGCACAGAGUAUACUACAAGAGAUAACAUAAAGAGGGGAUAUACUGAAUAAGUCUACACUCCGAUAUAAGAAACUAUACUAAACUCUAGGGAUAAAACUUUUGCCUGAAGUUUUCACGAUAAAUGGUGUAAAAGGUUGAUAAGCACAGCUGCAUUACCAAGUCUACUGCGUUCAUACAGUGCUAUGUUAAUACAAUAUUGAAUGAACAUUGAUAAAUUGUAAUUAAUUUAAAAUUUUCAGGCAUUGAGAUUUUUUUUGUCUCUGACUUUGUGCCUACUUCAUGAAACGAGGCAGGAAAUGCUGCUAGUUCGCAUUAUUAAGUUUAGUAGAAUUGUACAGUUAUUCUUAAUUAAAAUAUUGAAAUAAAAUCAAUACACAAUAGAUGAUUUUACAUUGUUUCUAUAUACACACUAUGUAGAAAAAUAAUUACUUUUAUAAAGAAAAUUGACGUAAUUUCUUUUCAAUAUAAUACCCGUAAUACUUUUCAGAUAGUAAUAGGAUAUCCGAUACCUGCGAAAUUUUUUUUAGAUAAUUUAAUUGUAGCUGCCAUAUCUUAUCAGAUAUUUUUAUUUAAACACGUGAUAACUGAAAAUGAAAGAUGCAAAAUAAAAUCAACAACAUUUUACAGUCAGUCCUUAUCAUACAGUCCUAUUAAAGUCAGAUACGAUCUGUCUGAUUCAUAUUACACAAGACAUAACGAUGUGGAAAUCAUAUCAAAAUUCAAAAUAAGAAAUAUUAAGAAUACUCUACGUUUCUUUAAAAUGAAAUGAUUUUCAUAAAAUUGUUGUAGAAUCGAAAGAUUAGGCAAGCACGAAUCUAAAAAAACUUCAAGUCAUGCAAAUCAACAACAAUUAUACACAUUUUCAAUAAAAAAGAAUAUUUCUGACCUAACCUAAUUUAAAAUUUUUUACAUCUUUAUAGAAGAAAAGAAAAUUGCAGACAGCGGCAAUCCAGGUAGGUUCUUAUCCCCGUGUCGAUUCCGUGCCAGGUGGAGUCUCCAGGGGUGUAAUUCUGAACACUUCGUUCUGGCACCGCACCGACACGAUCGGCGUUCCACUAAAAACUCUGUCAUUCCAGGCAUGAGGAUGGAACCGUCAGUUAUCGUCCCAUCUGUUGUACUACUAUGACCCGAUUCCUAUUCUUAUCUCGCACAUACAUUUCUUGGGAAAUACCGAACCAGCGCGAUGAAACACCCAAACGAACACCUUUGAAUUCCUGCCUUCAAGCGAGGUCUCUGUUUCUGGGAGGAUAACAGCUCUCUUAUAAACUUGUGGACCUACUCAUUCAUCACCAUUUUCUCAGUGAGCAUUUGCCAUCCAAAACUGUAGACUCUGGUCCUUUUACACGCGAACACAUGUGGUAGGCAAAUGCUACAUGUAAUAUGCUACAUGCUGGAUGGCAUGGAUGUCGAAAAUUACAUAGCUGCAUUUACAAAGUAAAUUUCUUCAUUAUUACUUUUUAUCAAACUGACAUUCUUGCAGUUAAACUAUUAAGUUUAAACUAAAUUUACAGAAGGAAUUUGUUUACCCUAUUAUAUAUAUUCUAUUUAAUAGUUUUUACCAGAGUCAUGGAGUGAAAAAGAUAUACUUUAUUCAUACUAAGUACCAAAAUGGCAUCGACCAAAGUCUUUCAGCCAAUUACAUAAUUAUUAUGGAUAUUGUGGAACUACUCGUUGCAUUUAAAAUUAUUGGAAAUAUGUUCCAUUAAUUUUGACUAUAUACGUGCGUUUUUUAAGAAAAUCAUUAACAGUCGAUAGUGAUAAAGGGGAUCAGUUCAUCUUUUGAAGUUUUUAUAAUAAUCCUUUAAGUAAAACUGAGUCGAAAGCCUUCUUAAUAUCCAAGAAAACUCAGACAGCCUUCAGUCCUUGUAAUCUUGCUGCCUAUACAUUGGAUGUUACUAUCGAAAGAGGGUGUAUUGUUGAUGAUAUUUCCUUAAAUCCAAACUGGUUUGUUCGAAUAUCUUGGUUUAAUGCUUCAUAUAAUCUUCCUUAAAUAAUUUUGUCAAAAAUGUUCCUAUUAUUUGGAGAAAAGUGAUUGGACGGUAAGUUGUAGUUAGUAUUAGGUUUAGGAAUAAUUAUUACAAUACCUGUCUUCGAUUUAUUAGGGAAGAAGAAAUUAUUCCUCAUACAAUAAUCAUAUUUGCUCAUUAUUUCCUUAUAAAUAACAGGAUCUAGUUGCCCAAGGAUUUUAGGUUGAUGGAAUCUUUUCUGGAGCUAUGUUUUUUCCUUUAUAUAAUGCUUCGUCAUAUUCAUUUUCUGUGAUGAACUCAAGGGCAUUCGGAUUACGAUUGUUCUUAUAAAAAUUUUCAUACCAAUUAUCCACCUCCAAAGUAUCUCUGUCAAAAGUCCUCGCCAAACUCGUUGGUUUCUUCAAGUACUUUGCAAAGUAAUUGAUUUAAAACGAAAACUGUAUUUUUAUUGUCAAUGAAGCUCCGUUUGGCUCACCGAAAUAAAGGUUAGAUUGAUGAAUAAGUGACAGCUUAUAGCGCGGUUGCCGUUACUAAUUUGUGGCUUCCACAGGUUUUAACGUAUUUUAAAUAUUACAUUUGGAGUAUCACGGAUUAAUUACACAAUAAGAUUUAAAGUGAAGUGUUAAAUGAAACAUGAAGAAAUAACUGAAUUUAACACCCUUUAUAUCACGUGUCAGAACGGUUGUCUCAUUAUUGAUUAGUGAGUGUGUAUUAGCAGUUCAAAUUUAUGAUGAAAACGGGCAUCUUUCAUUUUCAGUUUUUAAAUAUAUAUUUAUAAUUUUAUAUCUUAAACAACAUUAAGAGUUUUAGAUGGAAUUAAAAAAAAAUGUUAAAAAUAAUAUACUACUUGUUGGGGAGUAGUUUGCACCCAAUAAUAAUUAUAAUUUAUAGACAAGUUAACAAAUUGAAAUUGAAAAAUUAUACUUAGACUGUUAAUAUUGGACUAUAAGUUGCAUUAAUCAGUAAAUAUUUGACAUAAGUGUAAAAUGGUUAAAUAAUUUCAAUAGCGAAAAAUAUUGCUUUGAAAUUCUUUAACAUUUUUGACCGUAAUUUUGAGCGCGCAAGAGUUGUCGCCCAUUUUCUAUCUUUUAUUAUCUAUGCUAAAUGUAACUUCUUAACCAACUAACAUUGUUAACUCUCAGUGUAUCUUAGCUGAAGAAAAAGUAAGAGUAAAGGUAGAACUAAUACCAACCAUGUGUGGUAAGAGUGGAAAUUUAAAUAUCCCCACCUAGUCCGUGUAACUACAACUUUUUUAAUUGUAUGGUCAAUAUAUGGUUUCAGAUGAUCUUAAGUGAGGAGAAGCUGCUGGCCACUGAAUGCUUGCGAUCUUGCUUUCGUCCUUGUAUAUCUCGAAGUAUGGCAUUUAGCGUUAUUAUAGUUGACAACUUACUAGUUGUAAAGCAUGAGCUGCUAGUUUAUUAUUAGUAAAUAAUUAUCACUCUGCUCGAAACAUUUUUCAUCCAUAAUAAAGGUACUGUCAAAAUUGUCUCGAAAAUCUCCGCAAAAUCAAGGUCUUCGAAUUCGUUCUUCGAUAACAGCUGUAUCCUCCUAAAAUUUGUUCUUUGUAUUUUUGUUACUUGAUGUGCUUAUAUAACUAUAGUAUUCUUAACUUGGUGUAGAUAAUACGGGAUGGAAAAUUCUCAGCAACUCUACAGAAUUUGAUAAACAACGUAUUUCAUUUCCGUCAUAAAAACGAUGUCAUUUUAAUUGUAACUUGUUGAAAAUAUUUUAGGUUAAACAAUAUUUGCACCGGUUCAGCGUUUGCUAUGACCGUAUUGUAAAAAGAGGAAACGAUCCAGAUCGUUUUAAAACUGUGAAAACCUCUUUAUGUUGUGUUGUUUUUAUAUUUGUGAUUCAUCCUGUACGCCGGUACUCUUUUUUUUGUACUCUUUUAUUAAAUUUUGUUUGUUGUGUGGGUCUUUUUGUCUUAAAUUAUUUUUUAAGAUUACUAAAGACUGUAUUGAAAUAUAUUCUAACACUAAAGCAAUACUACUGUAUUAUCUAACAUACAUUAUGUUUGCUGGUAAUGGUUUUUAUUAUUUAUAAUAAAUAAUUUAUAUGUUGUUUGUAACUGAGUUAACUAGAAAAAUAUACAAACACAAGUAUUUACC